AUUGCACACUCUCUGUUUGUCGAAAAGCUUCUGAGAGAGUGGGUUGCAAUUGCAAGAAAGAUCAAUAAAUUGCUACUGUGCACGAGCCUUCGUUUCGCCAGCAAAGAUCAAUACCCUCACUCCCCACUUCGCUCAUUCUCCUCCCCUCUUUCGGCUUUAAAUAUGGCGGACUGUGUAGACGACGCUGAGUUCUGGUUGCCCCCAAAGUUCCUAACCGACGACGACAUCUUCUUGGAGAAGAAACCGCACCAGAUGGGCAAGAAGGGCGGGCAAGACGUCCUUGCUCUGGAUAACGCCUUGGCUGCCAAGUCCCUCUUCAACUUCGACUUCCCUUACGGGUUUGGCUCCUUCGGCGUGUCUUCGGAUCUCAGUUCCCCUGUUGAGUCGGUGGUCGGCUCAACCGAAACGGAGAGCGACGAAGAGGACCAUCUCGCUGGGUUGACCCGACAAAUGGCUCAGACGACCCUGGAAGACGAUUUCGCCAGAAGCGACUGGUUGUUCGGCGCCGGAAACGCCAAGGGCCGGGUUUUGUCCGGAUCCCCUCAAUCCACGCUCUGUGGGGCUGGAAACGGUUGUGGGUGCAAAUUAAGUCUGAACCGGCCAGUCAAAGUCUCUCUACUCUACGCCGCCGGCGGCGAAGUAGCGAAGAUGAAAAUCAACGGCGGAGGAGGAGCAGGUGGCGGUUGCGACGUUGCUUUUAACGACCAGAGCAGGGGACUAUUGGGAGGACCACCCGCAACACCACCGUCGCCGGUCACUGUCCCGGUGAAAACGUCCAACACUAAUGCUGAUGUUGGGUUUUAUCCGCACCAGUCGCUGUCUUACCAGCAGUUGCAGGCAUCUCAAUUUCAGCAGCUGAGGCAGCAGCAAAUGAUGAAGCAACACAAGUCUGCAAUUUGGGCGGCACCGCAGAAUGACAAGGCGGUUGGGAUUGGAGUAUACCAACAACCACUGGCGCAGCAACAGAACAGGGGAAGGAGUAAUAAUAACGGGAAGCCUCUAGGUUUAUCUGCCUCCGCCUGGCCUUCUUUGCAGCAGCCACAACAGCAGCAAGUAGGCGGUGCUUCUGGUUUGCGGGCGGUUAAUCCUGGCGGGAAAAAUGAAUGCGCGGGUACUGGUGUGUUCUUGCCUCGUCCCCGGAAGAAGCCAACUUGUUCCACGACGGUUCUACUUCCUGCGAGAGUGGUGCAGGCCUUGAAUCUGAACUUGGACGAAGUUGGUGUCCAGCAACCGUAUCAGCCUCGUUUGGGCUUUGAUAAGGAUGCAACGACCUUAAGGAACAAUCAUCCCAGUAGUGGUGGUGGGUGGAAUCAGACACGGAGCUUGAGCAGCAGGGCACAAGCAGGAAUGGAAAUGGAGGUCCGAUUGCCUCAGGAAUGGACUUAUUGAGCUAGUUCCUUGGUGGGUGAGGGCAAGUUUUGGGACAUCGAAAGGAAAGCAAGUAUCUGAUAGCGUUAGUAUGACGAGGGUGUGAAUGUGUGAUUAGAGGGAAGUGUACUAGUUAAGAAGGAAAAAGAAAAAGAAGUAAAAGUGCAGUAGACAAAGCAUAGGAGAAAAGUAAGAGGGGGUUUCCUUUUGGGGAUUGGAAAUUAGGGGAAUGGUAAUCGUAACACUAACAAUAAGUGACGAUGGUUGAUUUGUUAAGGAAGAAGGGAGUGCGCAUGGAUUUUGUUCAUUAUUGCAAGGUGGUAUGUCAUCUCCUUUCCUUUCCAAGUAAUAAUAAUUGCAUAAUUGGGUCUGCCAUUUCUUUUAGUAGUAUUGGCGCUUGACCUUGCUGGAGAGUCACGGGUUGUAGCAAGAGAGUGGUUUUGUCACAAUCCAUGAAUCUGGGCUCGCGACGCUCUGUAAUUGUAGCAGCGAAGUUGCAGUUACAGCCGGCUCUAAUCUAAUGUAAUGGCCCCGCCCUCCCUUCUUCCUUCCUUGUAAUAACAGUAAUAAUAAUGAUAAAUGAAAUGUCUUUUUGCGUUGAAGUA